CCUUUUUUUCAGCGAUGGGGAGUACGUCAUGCUAUGUCAAGCCCCCAUUACCCACAGUCCAAUGGGCAUGCAGAGGCUGCUGUGAAGAAAGUCAAGUAUCUGAUCAUGAAGACAGCACCCAACGGAAAUAUUGACAGUGAGGAGUUUGACAGAGGAUUACUGGAGUUACAUAACACCCCAAACUUCACUGGUCGAUCUCCUGCUCAGAUUCUGUUUGGCAUGCCCCUUCGCUCAUGUGUGCCUGCCCACUCUAGUGCCUUCAUGAAGGAGUGGCAGACCAAGGCUGAGGACUGCGACCGU